AUGGCUGCCGAGCAACAGAAGCGUAACAUUGUUAUUAUUGGUGGUGGAAUCAUAGGUUCAACAACGGCCUAUUUCCUCUCUCGCCAUGCCAGUUUCAACAAAGAGAGAGACAGCAUAACGCUACUGGAAGCUACCAAGAUUGCGGGCGGAGCGUCUGGGAAAGCAGGCGGACUUCUCGCUCUCUGGGCAUAUCCAUCAUGCAUCGUGCCUCUAUCCUACAAGCUGCACCAGGAGCUAGCAGAAAAACACGGUGGUGUCGACCGCUGGGGAUAUCGUGCCGUGCACUGCGGCCAAAUCGACAUGUACGGAAUCCUACACAAGAGCAAGGGUCCUUCUUCUACAGAUAACGACAAACAUGAUUCGGUAUCCUUGGAAAAAAGGAGCAAAAAGGCCCUAGGACUUCUAAGAGCUGCCGGUGUACCGAAAGAGCUGGAUUGGGUGGCAGCAGAGGGCCUCAAAGCGUAUGACGAGAUGGGCACGCCGUCUACAACAGCACAGGUGCAUCCGUAUCAGUUCACAACCAGCAUGGCCUCGCUUGCAGAAGAGCAAGGCGUCAACAUCAUCUAUGGAAGCGCGACGAACAUUAAUCAGGAAUCUGAAGCUGUUAAAUCAGUAACGUACAAGCCGCGGGACGGUGGCGAAGAAAAAACCCUGGACGCAGACACCAUAAUCCUGACCGCUGGUCCUUGGACCAAGACCGUCUGGCCCGCUGCCCCGAUCUCGGCACUUCGCGCGCACUCUGUCACAAUCAGACCGAGCCGCCCGGUCUCCGCAUACUGCCUCUUCACCUCCAUCGACCUCCCUCGCGGCAACGCGCGCAGAUCCAAGACCGUGACGCCCGAGAUCUACGCCCGCCCCAACAACGAAGUCUACGCCUGCGGCGAAGGCGACACGUUAAUUCCCCUGCCUACUUCCUCUGACCUCGUCGAAGUCGACGAGGCCCGCUGCCAGGAUAUCGUCGACGAGGUCACUUCUAUAUCAGAGGAGCUGAGAGAUGGAGAAGUCACAGCGAAACAGGCAUGCUACCUGCCCAAUGUGAGCAGAGGAGGCGGUCCAAUGAUUGGUGAGACCAAGGUGAGAGGCUUAUUGAUGGGCGCGGGGCAUACGUGUUGGGGCAUCCAGAACGCGCCUGGAACUGCAAAGUGCCUUAGUGAGCUGGUGUGGGAUGGGAAGGUGAAGAGCGCGAAUCUGAGUAGCUUGGAUCCGAGAAAAUACAUGUAGAGGAUCAAGCCCAUUGCUUGUGUGCAAUGAAUAUCCGGGGAUGAGCUGCUUUGAUCUAAAAUCUUCAAAACUUGUCAGGGACUUAUCAGUAUAAGCUUGGUCAGCUGGUUCUACUAUCAGACUCUAGAGAUUCGGUACCCCAACAUGGUGCACGAUGGUUGACACGAACAAGUAGAUCAUGGCGCGCGACUUAUCCUGUAUGAACUCACUCGAUGAUACUUCUAUAAAGCGAUAGCCUUGUACCUAAUCUUGAAAUUAGUCACCC